AUGUUCCCAGUAAUGUCCAGCCAUCGCCUUUGGUGGGGUAGGCUUCACAGGAGAAUCUGCCUGAGCCAAACAGUGCUGAACAGGCAGCCCUUAGGGCACAUGCACCUCAGAGUUGGAGACCGGGCUGAACUCAGGAGGGCCUUCACACAGAGGGAUGUGGCCACCUUCUCAGAAUUAACAGGGGAUGUCAAUCCUUUGCACUUAGACGAAGAUUUUGCAAAACACACCAGAUUUGGAAAGACAAUUGUCCAUGGAGUUUUGAUCAAUGGACUUAUUUCAGCUCUCCUCGGUACUAAAAUGCCAGGGCCAGGCUGUGUGUUUCUUUCCCAGGAAAUUAACUUUCCAGCCCCUUUAUAUGUUGGGGAAGUUGUUUUAGCUUCUGCAGAAGUGAAAAAGCUGAAGCGGUUCAUUGCCAUUAUUGCAGUAUCAUGUUCUGUACUAGAAAGUAAAAAGACCGUUAUGGAAGGCUGGGUUAAAGUUAUGGUCCCAGAAGCUCCCAAAUCCUGAAAUACGUCUUUAGAGGUACAAGUUCAGGCAUCAUUGUUGUUAUUGAAAGCCUCUGGGGAAAACAGGGAUUGCUGUUCUUCAGCAAGUGCAGGCUCAUAAACCUGUACUGGGGGAAGGGAGCAGGUAGAGAGAUGUUCCAGUGUCCACUUAGGCUUCACUCCAGCUUAAGUAUAUUCAUCAUCUAUCUAGGUUUUCAACACUGAAAAAAAUUGGCAAUUCCCUGGUGGUCCAGUGGUUAGGACUCUAGGCUUUCACUGCCAGGGGCAUGGAUCCAAUCCCUAGUCAGGAAAGUAGGAUGCCACAAGCCGUGUGGCACAGCAUGCCCGUGCGCGCACAGACACACACACACACAAGUGAACAGAGGAGAUCAGAGGUGAUUCUAAGGUUGCAUACUGUUAACCAGGCUCCCAUAAGGUGCCAUUAAAAAAGAAAAAAAAAAGUGUUAGGAAAGUUAUCAUUUAGCUUAAUGUUCUAUUUUUAGGAUUUCAAACCUAAUUAGAUUUGUAUUCAGAUAACACAAACCUACCUAUAUCUGUGUAGAAUAAGAAUUUACUUAAGUCACUGCGUUUAUAAGUAGCAAGCAUUUAAUUAUUAAAGGCAAUGAUGGAAGAUAGGUUAUCUUUGAACACCUAUCUUUUAACAGUAAAUAUUGUUAGAUCUUGUUCUUCAGCAGUUUCUGAAUCAGAGUUUAUUAUAAUUUGUUACUGUUUACACCAACAUGGUGAUUAAUUGACCCUUCAGUGUCACUUGCCCUUCAGAUGGUUUUCCUGUCACUGGGGGAGGGCUUGUGUGCAUCUUGGGACUCGGUUCUGUAAGCUCUCUCGGUUUCCUCUAUAAAGCAGUGAUAACGACUCCAUACAGGAGUGCUGGAGAUGACAGAUGCAAAUAGGUGAGCACAAGGCCCAGCCUCUGAACAGCAGCUGCUGCUGUUGUCAUUCUCAUCUAUGAGCAAGGCUACAGGUUUCCUGAGUUUGGAGCUAUCUGGCCAAAAAUUAAAGAACAGAUGAAUCUUUCAGGAUGUCAGCCAGUCUCCAUUGGUUUUCUAAACCUGGAAUUGAUCUUGAGUGCAGAGUUUCUGUUUUAGCAAUCCAGGUGAUUUUUCUCUCUCCCUUGAAAAUAUUUUGGGGGUCCCCACCCAUUAUAUAAAUAAUACAUGCUUUUAUUAAAAUAAUUAUAAGAUUAAAAAAAUUGAAGGAACACUGUGGUGGCCAAGUUCUUAAGCGUUGAGGGGUGUUAGAGAGGAAACGUGCCUAAUGUGUUGUUAUUGGUCAUCCUGUACACAGCCAGCACUUAGGAUAAGACUCGAUGGUAGAACAUACAGGUAGUCCAUCUGUGCUCUGUGGCUUUAGAUGGUGGCUCAGACCACAGCUGGUUGCUUUGAUCAGGAAGAUAAGAUCAAAUUAAUUGGUUGCAUCCACCCACAUUUCCUGGAAAAAAAUUUUCCUGCUGCUGGAUGGGUUAACUAGAUUUUUGUUGUUUACAUCAAGGGGAUCCUUAAAACAGACUACUAGAAAGAAUUGUUCUCAUCACUAGAGGGCAGUGUUGUGUAUAAAUGAGUAGUUUACUAUUGUACCAUACUCCAGUUUGUGUUGGUAACGUGGAAAAUACCAAAAUCAGGGUGCAGAGCAAGGAUGCUGUUACCGUGAGUCUCAGAAGGGGAAGCUUAUACGGCUUCAGGUUCACCUGAAGAAGGUUGUAUGUGUAGGUGAAACACUAUACAUGCAGAUAAUUGGAUGUGACACUGGAAAACAAAACGGAGAACUUGAGUCACAAAAUAAACACUUGAUGCUGAGACCAUCUGUUCCUGCAGAACUCAUUCUCUGGGACUUAAUGGGAAUCUUGAAGGAUGGGUUUGCAAGUGGAGUGUGGUGUGAUCAUUGAUACUAUAGGUUACCAUUCUUUCAAUGAUAAGCCAGGUUUCUACAGUAAUUCUAAUCCUUUAAACAGUUUUAUGAAUUUACUGUUCCAUUUUAUGGGCUCUAUGACUUGCCCAGGGUUGUCAGCUAGUAUGCAGUGGAGCUGGGAUUCACAUGGGCCUGCCUGGCUCCAGAGCAUUUCUUUUUUCCAUUACCCUGUGGGUCUUAAAAUGUUCCCAUACUGGAACUCUAUCAGUUUCUAUAAUAGUAUCUUAUGUUGCAUUUGUAUUUGGAACUACCAUCAUACGUAAUUUUUUUUCUAUUUAGAAUAUUCUAGAUCUUAUUUCCUGUUACAGUUUUAAUGUUUUCCUCGCUGUUACUUGAUGGCUUCUACCAAUACCUAUCACCUGCACUUUUUCUAAGUUGAUGUUCAGUGAGUGUCUUCAGAGCAGAAUUACUGAAAGAGUUAUUCUAAAGAUGAAAGUGCAAGUCAGGCGUGGUGGGGACUUGGGUAUAUGAGAUCUGAUGGAUAGCUGAUUAAUAGUGUGUAACUUAAAGUAGCUUCUCAGUAGGAAUGUUUCCUUUUUUUUUUAAUUCUCCAUGGAUGUCAUGGUCUUUGAUCUUUAUAAACUGAAAAAAGAUGGAACAGAGAAGUAGGCAAGGAUUUAGGGAGACUCUGUAAAUGAUGACUUGUUAUUUUUACGCUGAGCCAGGAUUCUCAGACCACUUACGCUUUAUUGAAGCUGACUAUAACACAUACUAGCUGGCUGGCUUUUUCAUUUUGAGCUCUCUACAAGUUGCCAGAAAGAGUGACUCUUCUAACGAAAGCACGAGUGACUCUCAUAUAGGAAAUCCUCUUCCAAGUAAUUGAGAGUGGCCUUGACUGUCCAGGGUCACAAAGAGAAGUGAGUACCCAAGUACCGACUGAAAGAGCAGGGCAGAUUGUCCCAGUGCUUGCCAUGUAGGGGCAAGACUGCAGUUUAUAGGAUGUUUGAUCACCACAGAAAUACACACCCAUCGUAAGCAAUUUCAGCCUAAUGUACUGGAAAAUUGCUUAACAGAUUUUUGUAUUUGGUUAGAAACAUUUCCAUAUUGGUGAAAUGCCACUCAUUUCUUUUUCUGAGCAGUGAGUCUUAAGUAGCAACAGGGAGAAGGCCUCCCCACAGCCACCAUUCAUCUUGCGUAUUCAGCUAGAAAAAAAGAACUGCUAAAGGCCCACUGGUACCUCUUAGGUAACCACAGGUUUUCAUUUUGUGCUGAAUUAUUAGACAUUUUUCUUUUUACAUUCUUAGAGCAUGAUUAAGAGACCAAUUUACUCCCAAAGAAAAUUGCUACUAAAUUACAUCUAUUAAGUUUUUAUAUUAAAACAUACUCGACCAAAGGUUGACAGUCACUGAGCAGCUGUGCCACUCUGAAUGCGUCAUGUGCUGGCAUAAUUUAUUAACUGACUCUAUGCAAGUGCCGUGAAAUUACUCUGGGGCUGCAUUUGAGUAUCUCCAGGGUCCCAGAUGUUUCACUCCCUUUGUCCUUGGAUUUUCUUCCUAUGGAUUACACACAGAGACCAGAAUCCUCAACAUCUUCAGAGAAAUUUUGGUUUGCAGAAAAAUCAUAAGAAAACCCAAGAUGAAUGUGGACACUACAUAAAUAGAAAAGAAUUAAUAGAAGGCUCCACAAACAGUCGAUUUCUAGGCCACAGUGAAUUUCUUGGGUGGCUCUUAGGCCACAGUUCACAUGACCUUAUAAACUGUGAGCAAAAUUCCUCUGCGAUGUGAUGAAAAAUUCCAGUAUGUAAGGGAAGUAAGAAUGAUCACAAGUGACUUGAAUUUUCUUUUUUUUUUUUUUUUUAAUCCAGAUCAUGAAUAUUUAAACAAAGAAAAUAAUUCUGAGUGGGGAGGCGAUGCUGCUUAGGAACCACUGAGUUUUUCACUAGGUUCUAUGAGGAUUUGUAGAACAGUUGCCAGGUCCAGAAGCAUCUUCACUAAAAAUCAUUAUUUUCAGUCAGUCUGGCCAAAUGUCAAGCUGUUAAACAACCUGUGGACUAUCUAAACAUUUGGCAGCAUACAAGAAUAUAAAUCUUUCUUUAUUUUCCCUUGCAGCCCUGAGUAGUUAUGUAUAUGGCAACAGAAGUACUGCAUAUCUCAUUUGCUUUACCCAGUAUGAGACUGGAAGCAAAGUAGAUUUGAUUCACAUCAGCUCUGGACUAGGGAGUUUCUUCACAUUCACCGUGAGCCACUUCAAAAGCCAAAUGGCUUUUCAGACUAUCAUAGCCUAGUCUCCAGAGGAUCCAGGGAUCCAGUUAAGUCUAGGCUCUUUAGGGCACUGAUUUGGGUAGAUGAGAUUAUAAGGCUGCUAUAGUAUUUUAUUCUCAGAGGCUUCAGGCAAGAAGAACAGGAAAGCCUAGAUUGAGAGUUGUUAGUCCCUGGCUUCAUUCCAUCAAAUACCUGAUUUCUGACUUUCAGUUUCAUUUCCUUAGUAAGGAAGAGGACAGGCUGUCAUUUGAUGACCUUUGCAACUCAGUUGUAUAAUAUUGUUAUGUUUUUUCCUACACGUACAAGUAAAAUAUUUUUAGAGACAUUUUGAAAAGUGCAGAAAAACAAAAUAGCAUCAUGAUUCUGUUUACUGAAGACCCUCAGCUAAUAUUUUGGUGGGCUUCCUUCUGAUGUUUUUCCUAUGAACAUUUUAAAAUCUUGAAAUCAUAAAAUGCAUAUAUUGGGUUUUUUUCCUACUUACUGUUGUAUCUAGGGCAUUCCCCAACAUCAUUAAAUAUCCUUUGAUCUAAUUUUCAA